CUUUUUUCUAAUAAUAAAAGAUGUCUAAUGAAAAGCAUCAAGUAGAUCAAAUAUCAAAUAAAGAAAUUGACUCUAUUAUAGAAAUUGAAGAUCAUGUCCCAGAACCCAAAUUAAAAAGAACACUUAAAGCCCGUCAUUUAGCUAUGAUCUCUUUGGGCGGUGUCAUUGGCCAAGGUCUUUUCCUUUCUGCUGGUGGCAAUUUAAAUAGAGCAGGUCCUGCGGGUGCUCUUAUAGCUUAUGCAAUUAUCGGUUUUAUUGUUUAUUGGGUUACUUUUUCUUUGGGUGAAAUGUCAACUUAUAUUCCUGUCUCUGGAUCUUUUACUGUCUUUUGUAGACGAUUUGUAGAUACAUCAUUUGGUACAACAAUUGGUUAUAAUUAUUGGGCUUGCUGGUCCAUUAUUGUUGCUAGUGAAUUAACAGCGCUACCACUUGUAAUGGAAUUUUGGACAGAUCGUGUACCUGGUUGGGCAUGGUCGGGUAUUUGGUUAGUUGUGAUUUAUACAUUAAACGUAUUUGGUGCAAGAAGUUAUGGUGAAGCUGAAUAUUGGUUUAGUGUUAUCAAAAUUGUCGCUGUUCUUGUUUUCAUUAUUGUAGGCUGUAUUACCUCAGGAGGUUUAAUUGGAAACACAACGCCUCAUGAAGUUUAUGGGUUCAAGUACUGGAAUGAUCCAGGUGCAUUCUCUAAUGGCGCAUUAGGUGUUGUAAAUGCGUUCGUAUUAGCUUCUUUUAGUAUGCAAGGUACAGAAAUUGUUGGUAUCACUGCUGGUGAGUGUGAAAACCCUGUGAAGCAAGUUCCCCGUGCUAUUCGAAAUGUAUUUUGGCGUAUCAUUAUUUUUUACUUGGGUUCAGUGUUUAUCAUGGGUAUGCUUAUUCCAUAUGAUGAUCCUCGUAAUCUAAGUGGUAGUAAUUCAGUCACUGUUUCACCUUUUACCAUUGUCUUUGGGAAAGCAGGAUUACAAAGUGUAGCUCAUAUCAUGAACACUGUCAUUCUUAUCACUGUCCUUUCUUGUGCAAAUAGUGGAAUGUAUGUAAGCUCUCGAAUGCUUUGUGCUUUAUCUAAUGAGGGAUUAGCGCAUCGUAAACUUUCUCAAAUCUCUCGUCGUGGUGUCCCUCUUUAUUCACUUACUUGUACUGCCCUCGUCUGUCUUAUCACGUUUGCUACUUCAUUUAUUCCUGGCAAGGCACUCUUUAUUGUCUUGACCAAUUUAUCAGGUGUAGCAGGCUUUGUAACAUGGGGUGGUAUCUGUUUCUCUCAUUAUCGUUUCCGUAAGGCGCUUAAAUGUCAGGGACGUACCGUCAAGGAUCUACCCAUCACAACUCCCUUUCAUCCCUUUGGUGAUCUCUUUGGGAUGGUCGCGUGUGUGGUGAUUGCGCUGAUGGCUGGUUAUUCUUAUUUUGUACCUCCUAAUGCGGUAGGCCUGAUCGGUAACUAUGGUGGUCUGGUCUGUAUCCUGAUCUUGUUUAUCGUCCUCAAGUUUUGGACAAAAUCCAAGAUGAUCCCUAUUGAUGAAAUCGAUUUAGAUACUGGAAGAGCGGAUUAUAGUAGUGAUCUGAUGACUAAAGAAGGAGAAGAAGAUGAUUCAGAUAAGACAGGUCCAAUUUGGAAACGAAUAUGGAAAAAGUUUGUCUAUAUUGUUACAUAAUUUUUAUUUAUUUAUUUUAUUUAUUUUAUUUUAUUUUAUUUUAAAUCAAUAAAUAUAUACAUAUACUCAUUUAUACAUA